CUGCGGACUGAAGAUGGCCGCAGAUGGAGGCGCUCUGAAGGAUAUCAAUGAGAUUAAAUCGCAGUUCCGGACCCGCGAGGGAUUCUACAAGCUGCUCACCCUCUCGGACUCUCAGCAGCGGGCCGGGCUGCCGCGGGGCCCCUCGGCGGGCGGCGGCGCCGGUGUUGGGCUGGUGCAGGGGCCCGGGGCCGCCAACUCCUCUCCGGGCUCCCUGCCGCCGGUGCGGGUGUCGAUGGUGAAGCUGAAGCCCGAGGACCCCAGCGAGGACUCGGAGCGAGUGUGCUUCAACAUCGGCAGGGAACUUUACUUCUACACCUACACCAACAUCAAGAAGGCAGUGGAUCUCAGUAAGCCCAUAGACAAGCGCAUCUAUAAGGGAACUCAGCCCACCUGUCAUGACUUUAAUCAGUAUUCGGCCACGGCUGACAGCGUGGCUCUGAUCGUGGGCUUCUCCGCAGGACAGGUGCAGUACCUCGACCCCAUCAAGAAGGAGACCAGCAAGCUCUUCAACGAGGAGAGGCUGAUAGAUAAAUCGAAGGUGACGUGUCUCAAGUGGCUUCCGAAGUCGGAGAACCUCUUCCUCGCGUCUCAUGCCAGCGGUCACCUCUACCUCUAUAACGUGGAGCACCCAUGUGGCACCACCGCGCCGCAGUACUGUCUGCUCCGUCAAGGCGAGGGCUUCGCAGUUUACGCCUGCAAGACCAAAACACCCCGUAACCCGCUGCUCCGCUGGGCGGUUGGCGAGGGAGGGCUUAACGAAUUCGCCUUCUCGCCCGACGGCGUUCAUGUAGCCUGCGUCGGUCAAGACGGCUGCUUGCGCGUUUUUCACUUCGACUCGAUGGAGCUUCAAGGCGUGAUGAAGAGCUACUUUGGCGGGCUUCUCUGCGUCUCCUGGAGCCCCGAUGGGAAGUAUCUCGCAACAGGCGGAGAAGACGAUUUAGUGACGGUUUGGUCGUUCGCAGAGAGUCGCGUCGUCGCGCGCGGACACGGCCACAAGUCGUGGGUCAACGUUGUCGCGUUCGACCCGUUCACGACGAAACUGGAGGACGAGGAGCCGAUGGAGCUCAGCGGCAGCGAGGAGGAUUUCCAGCAGGGGGCGCUGCAAUUCGGCCGCGUGCGAACCAGCAGCACGCUCUCGCGACUUUCGCGGCACAGCUCCAAAGGUGGAGCUUCAUCCGUGUCGUACCGCUUCGGAUCGGUUGGGCAAGACAUGCAGUUCUGUUUGUGGGAUCUGACAGACGACGUUCUGUAUCCACGGCUUCCGCUCUCCCGCGCGAUUACGAACACCUUCGGUCCUACGAUCCCGAGCGGAAGCAGCGGAGUUGAAGGUCACCAUCAUCCCUCAAACCCUCAUCAGACGUCGACGUUGCCGAUGCCUUUGCCUCGCUCGCUGUCACGCUCCAAUUCCCUUCCGCAUCCCGCCGUCGCAAACACCUCCAAAAGCCAGGGGGCGACAGAGAGCAGCGUUACGAGCGGCGGAGGAGGCGGAGGCGGAGGAGGAGGAGGAGGAGGAGGAGGAGGAAUCGUGCAGUUUAGCAUCGGACGCUUCGCAACGCUUUCUCUACAAGAGCGCAAGACGGACAAAUCCGGGGUGGGAGGGGAAAAGGAGCACAAGCGCUAUCACAGCCUCGGGAACAUCAGCAAAAGCAACGAUAAGAUAAACGUGGCACCACGCAGCAACAGGCUAGAUGGCGCUAAAGUGCUGGGAACCACGCUGUGUCCGCGUAUGAACGAGGUUCCGCUGCUGGAGCCGCUGGUGUGCAAGAAAAUCGCACACGAGCGGCUCACCGUGCUCGUCUUCAUGAACGACUGCAUCAUCACGGCGUGUCAGGAAGGACUCAUCUGCACUUGGGCCAGACCCGGGAAAGCGCACCCGUCUCAGCCGCUGUCAGCACAGAACGGAAACUCUCCGAGCGGGACGGUGGUAUAGCCGAUUCCCGUGUCUGCAU